AUGGUGAGCUUCUUCUCUUCUCGAAAGAGAAAUGAUUCUUAUCAGGGAUUUUCUAAGUAUAAUGAUGAUGUACAUUCUCAGCAACUUCUGAAUGGAUUGCCUAGCAAUGGCUCAUCUUUAUCUAAUGGGGCCGGUCAAGCGGCAGUAGCGGCAUUGAGGAUGCACAGUCAGCCAGCUACUCAACAACGGCGUGAACCUUUCAGAAACUCAAAUUACAGAAAUACAGCUGGGAAUAAUGUGGGUCGGUCCAAUUCAAUGAGAUUGUAUACAUACAAUCCGACAGCAUCUUACACAGCUGGUCGACCGAUAUAUCCUGGAUCGAGACUGAAUUCUUUGAAAGCGCCCAAUUAUUCCAAUAGAGCAAGUUCAUUAAACUCUCAAAGUGCUAGGUAUAGUAACUUUGCAGGAAAAAGAGAUGAAAAUACAGAGAAUGAGGAGGGUGAUAUCGUGGUCACGACAACUACUACUAAAAUAUUAGACUCCAUGGGGAGAACCCUGUCAAUUACAACAAAAACAGUUAAAACUUUGCCUGAUGGUUCUAAUGUUAUUGAAACCACUACAAAAAACAUAUCCAGAAAUAACUCUAGAAGCAAUUCAUUACGCAACAGUUCGAGGAGUAAUUCUUUAAGACAUAACUCGAUGUUAUCUAACAAUAACUCUGCAGCCAUAAAUCUCGGUAAGAUAGAUGAGGACUUGCAAGAUUUUGACUAUAAUUACGAGCUUGAUAGUGAGCGUAUCGAGUCGGCAGCGUUGAAUUUGAAUCUUAAUGGGAAGUUAGGUUCUCCUAUUUCAGAACAUGCGAUAUUUACCAAUAAAAACAACAGAGAAAGUCUAGGUGAUUCUGCGAGAACAUCUCUAAAGCCAGUCUUGAGUCAAGAAUCUUCACAAAAGCCAUUGAAAUCGAUUCUAAAGCAUCGUACCGAUGAAGAUGAAUCUGAAUUUAAGGAUGCAGUUGAUUCCUUGGAGGAGACUAAAAGCAGUCACCCAUACAAGCCAUUAAGUACUCAGAUAGUGUCAAACCCCCAGAAGUUCAAGGUUCCUGCAACUCCCGCUCAUGUCAAACAGAGCCAGACCAAGGAUGAUAGGCAAGACCAAAUAUCGCCGAAUUCGAAUAACCUGCAAAUACAUAACAAUUUAAAUUCAAAUUCUUCUGUCAUUUCUCCGUCAUCCGGAUCUAUCAAGUUUGUUGAAGAACCUGAGACCAUACCAUUAUAUUCAAAAUCUCAUAAAACCCAUGAAGAAGCAGAUAUGUAUGCUAAGGCUAUGGAGGCUGCGAUGAAAAAGGUUUACGGUGAUAAGCAGGCAAACACUAUUCCUAUACCUGUGAAAAAUAAACAGAAAACUGGUUUUGGCAUUAAUAGAUUAUCAUCGAUUUCAAAUAUGUCAAGUCAUUCAAAAAAUAAGAAAGAGCCUGAAUAUAGCGGAGUUCAUGACAAUUACACUUAUGAAAAUCAUCACAAAAGCUUCAUUGGUCUUUCUUUGAGAGAUGAGCAAGUUCUCCAACGUUCGAAAAAAGACAAAGCUAAGGAAGAAUCACGAGCUAAAAAGGAAGCAGAACUAGCAGAGAAAAAGGCAAAAAAAGAAAGUGACCUAAUUGAAAAACAAUCUAGGAAAGAAUCUCAACUAGCGGAAAGGAAGGCGAGAAAGAUUGCUAAUCAAUCUGAAAAGAGUGCAAGACAAUCUUUGUUGGAAGCAGAUUUCCAUGACAAGAUGAUUUUCAAAGGCAAGAAGAAAGAGCUGGAGUCUGGAUCUGUUCUAAGGAAGAACUCGGUAUCAUCUGAAGGGCCGAGAAGCUACAAAGGAAGGCAAGUUCUGGGACAUAAAAGACUUACGUCAGAAGAUUUGGAGUUGGCAGCUCUGCAAGCUGCUGGCAAAGCCGCGGCCCUGGAUCUUGAUAAUAGUAAAGGUUUGAAAAUAGAUGACGAAAGUGCAAUUCCGGCCUCGCAAGCUGCCAGUGGUGUUGCAAAGAAAGAUGUUGAUGAUGCCGAACGGAGACUCACGAAGACGAAGAAAAAGCCUAAAAAAGAGGGCAACUUGAUUGGCUACCUUUUUGGUAGAAAGGGAAAAACGAAGCAGUCAGAAAACAGUGAUGAGCAUUUGAAUGAUGGUGCUCCUUAUGAAGAACUUAAUAAAGAGAAUUCGCAAAAGAAUGUCGAGGUUCCUGCAGUUACUGAUGGUUCCAUUUCUCAUAUUCAACACAGGGAACUGCUUACCUCAAAUAUAGAUUCUUUGACGACUGCGCGUACAGAUGUACCCAUAAUUGUUGAUGUUCCUAUAGACACUACUGAUGAAGCAAAGGAAAAUAAUCCUAGCAAUUGUUCAACAUCUCUUAGCCAAAACCAUCCACCUAGUAUUGCACUACAGGUCACUCCAGAAGCGUCAUUAACAAGUGAUGGUUCAUCAGAAUCUCCUGACCACAAUAAUGUCCCCAGUGUCCGAAAAGUCCCUCCCGAAGCACCAAUAAAAAGCGAUAGCUCACCAAAAUCUUUUGACCACAGUAAUCCCCCAAAUGUCUCAUUACAGGCUACUUCAAAAGCAGAACUUGAUCCCAUGAGUGAAGAUCAUGUCAUCGGUGCCUUUGUAAUGGAUGAUACUAAUAAAGAGAGUACAGCUGAUGUAGAUUUUGAGGAACCAUCAGUGGAGGAUGAAGUUCCUAAACUCGAAGAGGAAUCGGAGUUCAUGGUAGUUAAUUCCCAACAUGAUUCACUUCCUUUUAAAGCCAUAGGUUCUAAUGAUGUGAUUGAUAGUAAUAGUGACCUCCCUAAUUCUUUGCUGGCUGCAAGCCCUGAACAAAAGCAUGACGCAAGCUUGGAUUCUGUCCCAAACGUAGUUCAAGCUUCUCCUACUCUUCCUGAGACUUCGGAACAUAGAGCGACUGUCAACGAUCUGAAAAGCGAUGAUAGCGAAUACAAGAAAGGUUCAUUGCAAGAUCAGAAAGAAGCAUUGCAAGACGUCCCCGUUUUGAAGAAGGAAGAAACUUCUUUAUCCGGAUUGUAUUCUAAUAAUAAGCGGGCUGAUGCAUCAGAGGAAAUUGAACCAGAAAUGUUCAUUGUUGAAGCCGAACGACCAUACAUCACGGCUGAAGUUCGUAGAAGUGUUUCCUCGGAACGUGUACUUCCUGCUGGUUCAUCUAACGUUGACAAAUCAAAACUUCUUGCAGAUCAAAAAGAAAGCUCAGAACUAGCGAUAGAUGUAAACCAUUCCAGUUCAAAUAAAAAGGACGAUAUGAAAUCUGAGAAACCGAAGAAGAAAAAAGAGAGCAAAUUUAAACAAAGAAUCUAUAAAUACUUUAUUAAUACUUACGAGAAAUAG